CACUGCAUCUCUGUGCUAAUGUGGUAUGGCAACUCGGACUGAUGUACGUACGUACGGAGUUCUACGUUGUUACUGACUUGUGGAUGUGAUUAUCAUCCCGAAGACCACUUUUCGAUCAUAUGACUGCAGGUUUAAUCUUUUGGACAGAUUAGAACCUUCAUUUAUCGUUUUUCGCUGCACACUUGGCUCGUCAUAAUUUUUCCUGUGUCAUAAGCUGGUCUAACAGUUCAAACAUAUGAACACUUUGUAAAAACUUGAUUAAAACCUAAAAUAUGGGCCUUCCGUCUUAUGUUAUUUAGUGUAGUUUGUUUUGGCGAAAAAUAAGUGGAUUAGAUUAUAAGUGAUAACUAGAUGGUUUCGUGGUAGUACGGAGCUAUAACGAACGGUUUUUAACCUUAUGACAAGCGCGUUGGUGAGUUGCUGAUGUAUAAAAUAGCUUGUUAAAAAUAGAGCAGUGGCUUAGUGAUCAAAGCGUUUGACUUUAAACUCGUAGAUCACAGGUUCGACUUAAUCUAAUUCUGUAUGUGCAACCCAGUGGUAUCAUUAGCCGUUGCAUAGUAAACAUGGUCCGAAACAUGAAUCUGUACAUUGCUAGAUAUAAUGGUUACCUACCUUAUAUUUUAGUCCAGUAACUUCUCCCAUUGCUAGAAGGGAGAGAACCUAGUGUGAUUUAUGAAAGCCUCGUGUGGAUAGUUAAAAUUCGUCAAAAGUCGCUUAUUAUGUUGGAGCUAUCAAGUGAGCAAUCAUGAUAUUACUUGUGGAGUUGAGGUUUUAAACUGUUUACGGAAGCGGGUGGGUAAUAUUUUGCCACUUUGCUUGAAAUGCGAUGGUAGCUUUUAUAAGAGUAGGUUGGAAAAAACCACAGAGCCAAACCAGUACAUAACAUCAGCCCACAAAGCUGCUUGCCCUUAGUUUUCGCAGCAAAUAUAAUCCACUUUAUAAGUGACCUCUAAAGCACCUGCUCGUUGUCGUAAAUGUGAGGUGAUGUGGCUAAAGGUUGUUUUCAAUGGUGCAAAUGAACUCGUUCUUUAUGUUUUCACAACUGUUGAGCAACUUGUUACUACACACUCUACCAGCUUUCUUCACGUUUCUGUUUUCGUUUCUUUCUUCCUAAUGUUGUCAUUAUUAUAUUCCAGAUUAUUAUAAAUGGCUUCCGAAGAUUGUGACGAUAUAUUUGGACGCCGAUAUCUUACAGAUGCUUCUGAUGUUUAUGAGUGGAAUGCUUGGGAUGACGUUCAGUGGACAGAAGAGCAGGAAAAUUUAGCAAAAGAAAUAAUACUUUUGAAUAGUACUGUUAGACUCCCAGAUGAUUCUCAAGAAAGAAUUGAGAUCCUUGCACAUGAAUACUGGGACAAGUUUUAUUCCCAUCAUGAAGAUAGGUUUUUCAAGGACAGAAAUUGGUUAGAAAAAGAGUUCUGUGAAUUAUUUUCUUCAACGUCACCUAGUGUGCACAUAAUGGAGGUCGGUUGUGGUGUGGGGAAUACAAUAUUUCCAAUAUUACGCGCUGUAAAGAGUCCUGGACUGUUGAUAUAUGCAUCAGAUUUCUCUGAAAAGGCUCUAUCUAUACUCAAAGAAUCCAAAGGAUAUGACGCUGAUCGUUGUAUUACUUUCCAGCAUGAUAUAACCAAAACUAAUGAUGAAAUCCCUUGUCCUAGAAAUAGUUUGGAUUUUCUAGUCUUAGUGUUCGUAUUAUCAGCAGUUAAUCCUGAAUUGUUUCACCGUACACUUAAAAAUCUUGUUACGUAUUUAAAACCCGGAGGUGUGCUAUUGUUUCGAGAUUAUGGAAGGUUUGAUUUAGCUCAGCUAAGAUUUAAAAAUGGCCAGUGUUUAAAAGACAAUUUUUAUAUGAGAUCAGAUGGGACAAGAGUUUACUUUUUCACUCAAGAUGAAUUACACAAAUUAUUUACGGACGUUGGUCUAGAAAAGAUUCAGAACAAGGUUGAUCGCAGAUUAAUCGUAAAUCGCAAAAAGAAGUUAAAGAUGUACAGAAUUUGGAUUCAGUGUAAAUAUAACAAGGUAUGCAGCCGAUUUGGUGGUCACGGAAAGUUCAUGUAA